AUGGGCAUCAGCGACUUCAAUGCAUCGGAAGGCUGGUUAUCACGUUUUAAGGCCCGCCACGGGCUGACGUUUAAGAACGUCUGCGGAGAGGCAGCCGCAGUCGACAAAGAAACCUGCGAAAAUUGGGUCUCAGGUGAAUUGAAGGAAUAUCUUGCCGAUUACCCGCUCAGCGAUGUUUUCAAUGCUGAUGAAACCGCACUUUAUCUUAAGUUGCUCCCAAACAAGACUGUGAGCUAUAAAGGUGAUACGUGCUCGGGCGGAAAGCGCAGCAAGGAAAGAGUUACCGUGCUAUUGUGCGCGAAUGUGACGGGCACGGAACGGUGCCGCUUGCUCGUGAUAGGCAAAGCAGCGAAGCCUCGUUGCUUUAAAGGCGUGAAGACUCUCCCUGUUGAGUACACUGCGAACAAGGAGUCGUGGAUGACGCGAGCAAUCUUCACGGACUGGUUGCGCACACUAGACAGAAAGUUCGCGGCACAGAAUAGAAAUAUUCUUUUGUUCGUCGACAACUGUUCGGCGCAUUGUGACAUCAAUGGACUGAAGGCGAUCCGUCUGGAAUUUUUGCCAAAAAACACUACUGCUGUGCUGCAGCCUAUGGACCUCGGGAUUAUUAAAAAUCUAAAGACUCUGUACAGGCGCCAUCUCCUAGAACGGAUUCUUGUAUGCAUGGAAAGCGGGAAGCCGUAUGAUGUCAACCUGCUCGGAGCUUGCCACAUGCUGGCAACAUCGUGGAACGCCGUCAAGGCAGACACUAUCGCUAACUGUUUCCGCAAGUGUGGCUUCAGUGAAACCACAGAAGCCUGCUGCACAGCCGACUUUGAUGUUCAAGUGGAUCAAGAUGAUGGCUCCAUCGUGCUGGACCCUGCCUACGCUGUUUUAUCGGAGGGUGUGGACUUAGAGAGCUUCGUCGACGUAGACAACGGCGUGGAGACAACGGGGCCUUUAACUGACGCCGAGAUUAUCGAGGCUGCGUCCAGUCAGCAGCACGACUCACGCGCGGCGAGCACGCCUGACAGCGACGACGAGUCCGACAAAGAGGACGAUCCGUUGCCUCCUCCGAGCGCAUGUGAAGCAGCAUCGGGACUCGAUCUGGCUGCGCGCUAUUUCUCCACCGAUGAGAAUUCGGAUGCUGCGCUGGAGAUGUUGGGCAAGGUGCAGACAAUGCUUCUCGAGUCGCGGCGAAGAAAGCGCAAACAAAUGCAAAUCACCGAUUAUUUUUCAUGUUGA